AUGGAAAUUAGCCAAGACAAUAGAUAUCCUCUUAUAUAAAAGUAUUGCCUAUACAAAUUCUUAUUUUCAUAUAAAAAUGCCCUGGUUAUCCCAACAGUCUAUUUAUAUCAAAAAAUCGAAAAGGUUGGGGAAGGAACCUACGGAGUAGUCUAUAAAGCUUUAGAUAUCCAAUCUCAAAGCAUUGUAGCUUUAAAAAAAAUCAGACUUGAGUCUGAAGACGAAGGAGUCCCUUCUACCACUAUAAGAGAAAUCUCGUUGCUCAAAGAGCUUCGACACCCCAACAUAGUCCAGCUCCAAGACAUUGUUUUUACCUCAAAUAAGCUGUAUCUCAUUUUUGAGUUUUUAAAUCAUGACCUUAGACGUCACAUGGAUUCUGUAGGAAUGCUAGAAGAAGAAAAAAUUAAAUCAUAUCUUUAUCAACUCUUACAAGGACUUUAUUAUUGCCACUGUAGAAGAGUUAUUCAUAGAGAUUUGAAACCUCAAAACUUGCUAAUUGAUAAAGGGGAAACUUUAAAACUUGCAGAUUUUGGACUUGCUAGAGCGUUUGGGCUGCCAAUGAAAACGUAUACGCAUGAGGUUGUGACACUGUGGUAUAGAGCUCCGGAGAUCUUGCUUGGAGCUAAACAGUAUUCGGUGCCAGUUGAUAUAUGGAGCGUUGGAUGUAUUUUUGCAGAAAUGGUGCAAAAAAGGCCGCUUUUCACAGGUGACUCGGAGAUUGAUCAGCUUUUUAAGAUAUUCAAAGUGCUUGGAACACCUACUGAUCAAGUUUUCCCAGGAGUUACAUCAUUUGCGGAUUUUAAGCCAACUUUUCCUAACUCUCUUAGACGAGUUUUAUUAAAAAAAAAUUAAGAAACUACAAAGCGUGCAAACAGAUAUUCUAAUAUAGAUAAUUAUAUAUAUAAAGAGUGUUGGCCCAUAAUUAAUAAUAUUUUAAUUAAAAUCAAUUGAUAUGGAUAUUUUAAAAAAAAUCAAGCCUAUCAAAGAAUUCUGGCUCAUAGCGGAUGUAAGUGAAGAGGAGAAAGCCUGAGAACUCUUGUCCCAAAUAUCAGUGAAGAUGGACUUGAUCUAUUGUCAAGCAUGAUUUGCUAUGACCCGUCCAAACGGAUUUCGGCCAAAAAUGCUUUGAAGCAUCCUUACUUUAGCGAUCUAGACUGUUCUUUACUACAAAUGUAUGAAAGAAGAUAA